AUGGGAUACCGUGAAACUUCGGAGGAGUCCGCGGUAAUCCCAGGCGCCGAGGUUCCCGGGGAACAAUUGGCUGUUGGGGACGAGCGAGGGUCCAUAUGGUAUUAUUCUAUAGAGCUAUCACCUUUCGAGGCUCUGUCAAAAGUGACCCUUCUGGCGAAAGUUGAUGCACAUCUUGCACGCGUAUGCUCGAUUUCCUGGUCGCCAGACAAGAGAUUCCUCGCCUCUAGCGGCGAUGACAACUAUUGCCUUCUGUUCGAAAUGAGACACAUCUUACAGAAUCAGCAGUAUUUAAGAUCACACCCUGAGAUUAGAAAUCUUUCUACAUUGCAGCUUAGUGCAAUUGUCUCACAAGUGGCUCGAAUUAUAAGGAUUAGUUCUCUGAUUCCUUCGUACUUGCAUUCCGAAUCUCAGCCACUGGAGGACUCCCGUGCAUCUUCAACAUCAGGAAACGUUCGGUCUGUGAGCAUGGAUGAUGAUGCCCAAGCAAACAUCACAAAUCGACGCGUUCGUGGCCGAGCACUAGAAUCAACGAGUGAGGUUCCUCCCGGGGGCAUAUUCCAACCUUAUCGACGUGUCGCCUCCGCUUAUUACUCUCCAGCGAUAAGAGACCAUGGUACAACAGCAUUGCACUUUUUGCACGGUAAUCAUAUACAUUCUUUCAGACAUAACUCGGCGGUAAAAGCAGUUGCAUUCGCGCCCUGGCAGCCAACGCUACUGGCCACCGGAGGAGGCAUGUUGGACCGUACUGUUCAUUUCUACCAUGCACCGACUGGUAGCUGCUUGGCCGAGAUUUAUAUGUGGUCUCAGGUGACAGGUUUGGUCUGGAGCAAGACUCGACGCGAGAUUGCAGUUGUUUUGGGGUAUGGCGAGUUUGAGCAGGGGCAUCAAUAUCGAGUGGUGGUUUUCGCAUGGCCCAGCUGCCAGCAGGUGACAGCCAUUCCGUGGAAUUCACAGGUCGAUGAGAAUUUCAGAGAGUAUAUGAACGUGGCAGAUCGGGCUCUGUCCGUUAUAAGUAUUCCCUACUUUGUUGAUUCAUUACAUCAAAAGACCUCGGGUGAUGUGGAUUCCAACCCUGAAGAUGAGUGCGUCGGAAUUGCCUCGUCUAGAUAUAUCAGAUUCUAUCGCAUAUGGGCCAAACCGCACAAGGUAUUUGCCGGAGUAGCCGGUGUCAUGCGCAGUGAGAUCUUAGAAGCGCUUGACGGGAUUGAGGAUCAGCGAGAUGAAGUCAUUCGAUAA